CAUCAUCAAGGUGAGCAGGGGCCAGCGGGUGGCCAACAAACAAACAAAGCUUACGAAGCUUCAAAACCGACUCUCAUUCACCGAUUCUCUUCAACGGACCUUCUCUUCCUACUUCCUCUACGGUUGAUUUCCAAAUAGCUGCAUUCAGUACACAUUUUGUGAUCCAAGUCUUACCUGAUGGGUUGGGGAAACAUUUACAAAAGGCGCAUGAAAGUGUUCUCUUUGGCUCUUGUAAUUUACUUUGAUUACAAGGCUUUGCAACAGCGAGAGAAGUGGAUAACCAAGUCAAAGAGGACUGCUCUGUGGGAGAAAGCACAUGAACGUAAUGCUAAGCGUUUACUCAGCUUGAUGGUGGAGUUGGAAGGGUUGUGGGUGAAAAUGGGGCAGUAUUUAUCUACACGAGCUGAUGUGCUUCCCCAGGCCUAUACACGCCUUCUGCAGCAGCUACAAGACUCACUUCCUCCUCGCUCUUCGGAAGAGGUUUGUAGAAUAAUAGAGGAAGAGUUGGGCAAGUCGAUGAAUGAUCUCUUCUUAGAUUUUGAUAAAACACCCCUGGCAACAGCAUCGAUAGCACAAGUUCAUCGUGCAACCCUUCUUAAUGGAGAGGAAGUAGUUGUUAAGGUCCAACAUGAUGACAUCAAGACAAUAAUAUUGGAGGACUUAAAGAAUGCGAAGGCAAUAGUAGAUUGGAUAGCUUGGGCUGAACCACAAUAUGACUUCAACCCAAUGAUUGAUGAAUGGUGCAAAGAAGCACCUAAAGAACUGAAUUUCAACCAUGAAGCUGACAAUACAAGGAAAGUCUCUAGAAACCUCGGAUGCAAGAACAGAGAUGAUGGAAAGAAUAAAGAAAAUCAUGUUGAUGUUCUCAUACCAGAUGUUAUUCAGUCCACUGAAAAAGUGCUCAUUUUAGAAUUUAUGGAUGGAAUUCGUUUAAAUGACAACGAAUCACUGGAAUCUUUUGGAGUGGACAAGCAAAAGCUUGUUGAAGAGAUAACUCGUGCAUAUGCCCACCAAAUAUAUGUGGAUGGAUUUUUUAAUGGUGACCCUCAUCCUGGAAACUUUCUAGUCAGUAAGACGCCUCCACACCGUCCAAUCCUGCUUGAUUUUGGGCUUACGAAGUCGUUAUCGGGCUCCAUAAAACAAGCUUUGGCAAAAAUGUUCCUUGCAAGUGUAGAGGGUGACCAUGUGGCACUUUUAUCCGCAUUUGCAGAAAUGGGGCUUAAGUUGCGCCUGGACAUGCCUGAACAAGCUAUGGAAAUUACUAGUGUAUUCUUCCGCAGUUCAACCCUUGCAAAUGAAGCUCCUGAAAACAUGAAAUCGUUAGCUGAACAAAGGGCCAAAAAUCUCAAAGCCUUGCAGGAAAAAACGCAACUGAACUCAAAAGAAGUUAAACGUUUUAAUCCUGUUGAUGCUUUUCCAGGUGAUAUUGUCAUAUUUACUAGGGUUCUAAAUCUCCUCCGAGGGCUCUCAUCCACAAUGAACGCACGCAUCAGUUAUCAAGAUAUCAUGAGACCUUUUGCUGAGUCUGUAUUGCAAGGAAAUAUUAGUAAGGGGCCAGCACAAAAUACACAAUGGAUACACGAUACUCCAGUCCUUUCCAAUGUGGAGGCCAAAUUGAGGCAGCUCCUUGUUGAGCUGGGAAAUGCUGACAAAAUACUUGGUAUCCAGGUAUGUGCCUAUAAAGAUGGAGAGGUAAUAAUUGAUACAGCUGCCGGAAUGCUGGGUAGAUAUGAUCCUCGCCCAGUUCAGCCUGAUAGCUUGUUUCCUGUAUUUUCUGUCACGAAAGGGAUUGCAGCUGGAUUGAUGCAUUGGUUGGUUGACAAUGGAAAAUUGAAGCUUGAGGAGAAUGUCUCAAAUGUUUGGCCAGAUUUUGGAACAAAUGGGAAGGAUCAAAUAAAGGUUCAUCAUGUUCUAAACCACACAUCUGGUCUUCACAAUGCACUGGCAAAUAUAACCCGAGAAAAUCCUCUUAUGAUGCUUGAUUGGAAUGAAUGUCUGAAUCAAAUUGUUAAUUCAGUCCCAGAAACAGAGCCUGGUAGUCAGCAACUAUACCAUUAUCUUUCUUUUGGCUGGCUUUGCGGUGGGAUAAUUGAGCAUGCAUCAGGCAAGAACUUUCAGGAAAUUCUUGAAGAAGCUAUCAUCCAUCCACUAGGAAUUGAUGGAGAGCUAUAUGUUGGAAUUCCCCCAGGUGUGGAAUCACGACUGGCGACACUAACAAUAGAUACAGACGAUCUCAAAAACCUUUCAGCUAUAAAAGACAACCCAGACUUACCAUCCUCAUUCCAACCACAAGAACUAUCCCAAAUGGUGAAAACCAUUCCAAUUCUUUUCAACAGCCUUAACGUCCGACGAGCCAUUAUCCCCGCCGCGAAUGGACACUGUUCCGCCCGCGCCUUAGCAAGAUACUACGCAGUCCUUGUCAACAAGGGACAAGUCCCAUCUCAAAAUUCCUCAUCAGAACCAUCUCUAGGCAGCCAUACCCACAAACCCAAAUUCCCAUCUCACAAACCUCAAAAGAAACAAAAGAAAAGUAAAAACAUUAAAUUCUUCACAUCAAGCUUACCCUUUAACAAAUCCUCAGACCGACUUAAGAAUAUGGCAACAAGUGAAUCAUAUUCCAAACUCCCUAUGGAUGACCCAAACCCAAUCCCAAACCAAGGAACAGGGAUAAAGAGGAUAUUUUCGAACCCUGCAAUCCAUGAUAGGUUUAUGGGUAUUGGAGAGUACGAGAAUUUGACACUAGCGGGUGGGAAAUUUGGACUUGGGUUUAAGAGAUCAUACAAUAAGGAUGGGAGAAUUAUCGGGUUUGGGCAUGCGGGUAUGGGUGGAUCGAUCGGAUUCUGUGACAUUGAGAAUGGGUUUGCAAUGGCGAUUACUGUGAAUAAGAUGUCGAUUGGGGGAGUUAGUGGGAAGAUUGUUAACCUAGUUUGCUCAGAACUUGGAAUAUCGGUGCCGGAGGAGUAUACAAGGUUUAAUCAAGAGGCUGGAUCUAGUUCGUCGGGUACAUUACAAAGCAUUAUGAUCAACUGAAUACCUAGCGAAAGGUUAGAAUUACCCUUACCUUUCUAUUAUACUCUCUUUACACAUAAACUGGGAAAAGGAAAAACACAUUUUGUGUUGAUUUUUAGUCUUUGUAUCUGGAAGAACAAGAAGAAGAUGAUGAAGGAAAUGUAACUUUAAGGUCAUUACAAAUUAAAACUGUAAGGAUUGUAUUAUGAUAUGA